UCGGGUCGCGGGGCGGAGGGAAGAGCGAGAGGGCGGGAGGCGCCGGCGCCAGACGCGGAGGAGAGGAGCUACGACCAGCCGCCGAGAGGCCGCGGAGCCAGCGACGACCGAGCCAACCGAGCCGCCGCCGCCGCCGCGCCCCCAUGGCGGCCGCCAAGGACACCCAUGAGGACCAUGACACCUCCACUGAGAAUGCAGAUGAGUCCAACCACGAUCCCCAGUUUGAGCCUAUAGUUUCUCUUCCCGAGCAGGAAAUUAAAACGCUGGAAGAAGAUGAAGAAGAACUUUUUAAAAUGCGGGCAAAGCUAUUCCGAUUCGCUUCAGAGAAUGAUCUCCCAGAAUGGAAGGAACGAGGCACUGGUGACGUCAAGCUUCUGAAGCAUAAGGAGAAAGGGACCAUCCGCCUCCUUAUGAGGAGGGACAAGACCCUGAAGAUAUGCGCCAACCACUAUAUCACGCCGAUGAUGGAACUGAAGCCGAAUGCGGGCAGUGACCGUGCCUGGGUCUGGAACACCCACGCUGACUUUGCCGACGAGUGCCCCAAGCCAGAGCUGUUGGCCAUCCGCUUCCUAAAUGCUGAAAAUGCACAGAAAUUCAAAACAAAGUUUGAAGAAUGCAGGAAAGAGAUCGAAGAGAGAGAAAAGAAAGCAGGGUCGGGCAAAAACGACGAUGCUGAGAAGGUGACCGAGAAGCUAGAAGCUCUCUCCGUGAAGGAGGAGAGCAAGGAGUCGGAAGACACCGAGAGCAAGGCUGGAGCGGAGGAGGAGCAAUAAGCCGCCUCCCCUUGUUUUCUCUUCCUUCCGUUCUUUUUCCUCCUUUUUCUUUUUUUUAAAUUUUGCCCUGCUCCUUCUUUUCAGUUUGUUUUUAUUCUGUUUUGUUUUUACAAGGGACUUUAUAUAAAGAACUGAAUUCCAACAUUCAGGUUGUUUUUUUCUAAGUUUUUGCCCUAUUGAAGAAGACUUCAGAAAAUCCAUUCCCCAGUCAUGAAAAUGUACUGUGCUCACUUUCUUUUCCAUAGUGGAAACACUUAUUUAUAGUCAUCAAAAAUAGUGAAUAAACGACAAAUUCGAAACCUACAUGGAGGGCAGGACCGUGUAUGCGCCGGCCCCGUCCUGGGAGCAUUGUGGGUGCUUGAUGGCUCCGGGGUGUCGGGGCAGUGCUGCGGGACCCACUCGCCGCCACUGGCUUAGCCUUGGGCUUGGGGCUGCUGUUGGCCCCUGGGGC